AUGGCGGUCCCGCUCGUGCUCGUCGUGCUCCCGCUUGGCCUGCUCUUCCUCCUGUCCGGCCUCAUAGUCAACACCAUCCAGGCCAUCCUAUUUGUGACAAUAAGGCCCUUUUCGAAGAGCUUCUACCGCCGGAUCAACAGAUUCUUGGCCGAGCUGCUGUGGCUUCAGCUUGUCUGGGUGGUGGACUGGUGGGCAGGUGUUAAGGUACAACUGCAUGCAGAUGAGGAAACUUACCGGUCAAUGGGUAAAGAGCAUGCACUCAUCAUAUCAAAUCAUCGGAGUGAUAUUGAUUGGCUUAUUGGAUGGAUAUUGGCCCAGCGCUCAGGGUGCCUUGGAAGUGCGCUUGCUGUGAUGAAGAAGUCAUCCAAGUUCCUUCCAGUUAUUGGCUGGUCGAUGUGGUUUGCAGAGUACCUCUUUUUGGAGAGGAGCUGGGCCAAGGAUGAAAAGACACUAAAGUGGGGUCUCCAAAGGUUGAAAGACUUCCCUAGACCAUUUUGGCUAGCUCUUUUCGUUGAGGGUACUCGCUUUACUCCAGCAAAGCUUCUCGCAGCUCAGGAGUAUGCAGCUUCCCAGGGCUUACCGGCUCCUAGAAAUGUACUUAUUCCACGUACCAAGGGAUUUGUAUCUGCCGUAAGUAUUAUGCGAGAUUUUGUUCCAGCCAUUUAUGAUACAACUGUAAUUGUUCCUAAAGAUUCACCUCAACCAACAAUGCUGCGAAUUUUGAAAGGGCAAUCAUCAGUGAUACAUGUCCGCAUGAAACGCCAUGCAAUGAGUGAGAUGCCAAAAUCAGAUGAGGAUGUUUCAAAAUGGUGCAAAGACAUUUUUGUGGCAAAGGAUGCCUUACUGGACAAGCAUUUGGCAACAGGCACUUUCGAUGAGGAGAUUAGACCUAUUGGCCGUCCAGUGAAAUCAUUGCUGGUGACCCUGUUUUGGUCAUUCCUCCUGUUGUUUGGUGCCAUCAAGUUCUUCCAGUGGACACAGCUCCUAUCGACAUGGAGAGGUGCAGCAUUCACUGCUGCAGGGAUGGCACUUGUGACAGGGGUCAUGCAUGUCUUCAUCAUGUUCUCCCAGGCUGAGCGGUCGAGCUCAGCCAAGGCGGCACGGAACCGGGUCAAGAAGGAAUGA